UCAAUCAUAUAUAAACUUCGACAAGUCGGCGAAACUCCUCCGGAGAAAUCAUAUUUAUCGCCGGGAAACAAACACGAAGCCCUAAAAUCGCUUAGGGUGAAAAAUCAAAGUCAUGUCUAUUAUUCGGAACUCUACGAGGUUUCGCGGCGGAGACAACUCAGAAGAUGCCGAUGUAGAUAACAUUGAUUUUAUAGAAAACGAAGAGGAUGAAGAAGACGUUGACAACGGUGGUGAGGAGGAGGACGAGAUCGAUCCACUAGACGCAUUCAUGGAGGGAAUCCACGAGGAGGUGAAGGCUGCUCCACCUCCUAAGCCAAAGGAGAAAGUGGAGAGGUACAAGGACGACGAAGACGACGAUCAUGUCGUGAGUUUCCUCAAGGCGAAGAAGGAUUUGGGGCUCACGCUAGCUGCGGACGCGCUUAACGCAGGUUACAACUCCGACGAGGAGGUGUAUGCUGCAGCUAAGGCAGUAGAUGCUGGGAUGCUGGAGUACGAUUCCGAUGAUAAUCCGAUUGUUGUGGAUAAAAGGAAGAUCGAACCGAUUCAAGCGCUUGAUCAUAGUUCAAUUGAUUACGAACCGAUCAAUAAGGACUUCUACGAGGAGGUUGAAUCAAUAGCCAGUAUGAGUGAACAAGAAGCUUUGGAUUAUCGUAAGAGUUUGGGGAUUCGUGUGUCCGGAUUUGAUGUUCCUAGGGCAGUAAAGACCUUUGAGGAUUGUGGGUUUUCCUCACAGAUCAUGAGUGCUAUCAAGAAACAAGCUUAUGAAAAACCCACUACCAUCCAGUGUCAAGCCUUACCGAUUGUGCUCUCUGGUCGAGAUGUUAUUGGCAUAGCCAAAACUGGUUCAGGGAAGACCGCAGCUUUUGUUCUUCCCAUGAUUGUUCAUAUCAUGGACCAGCCGGAGCUUCAGAGAGAAGAAGGUCCUAUUGGUGUCAUAUGUGCCCCAACCAGAGAGCUGGCGCAUCAGAUAUUCUUGGAAGCUAAGAAAUUCUCGAAAGCGUAUGGCCUACGAGUCUCAGCUGUGUAUGGUGGAAUGGGGAAACACGAACAGUUGAAAGAACUCAAGGCGGGAUGCGAGAUAGUUGUUGCUACUCCUGGAAGGUUAAUAGAUAUGCUUAAGAUGAAGGCUUUGACAAUGAUGAGAGCCUCGUAUUUGGUUCUUGACGAGGCUGAUCGUAUGUUUGACCUCGGUUUUGAGCCGCAAGUGAGGUCUAUCGUUGGCCAGAUUCGUCCAGAUCGCCAGACUUUACUCUUUUCAGCCACUAUGCCUUGGAAAGUUGAAAAGUUAGCUAGGGAGAUCCUUUCGGAUCCUAUUAGAGUCACUGUUGGUGAAGCUGGGAUGGCCAAUGAGGAUAUUACACAGGUUGUCAAUGUGAUACCAUCAGAUGCUGACAAACUCCCUUGGCUACUUGAGAAGCUACCUGGAAUGAUUGAUGAAGGUGAUGUAUUGGUUUUCGCGUCUAAAAAAGCCACGGUUGAUGAGAUCGAAGCGCAGCUGACUCUGAACGGUUUUAAAGUUGCUGCCCUUCACGGUGAUAAAGACCAAGCAUCACGAAUGGAAACGUUGCAGAAGUUCAAAUCUGGAAUCUACCAUGUCCUAGUUGCCACCGAUGUUGCUGCCCGAGGGCUCGACAUCAAAUCGCUCAAGAUAGUGGUUAACUACGACACUGCUAAAGACAUGGACAUGCAUGUACAUCGUAUUGGUAGAACAGGUCGUGCUGGUGACAAAGAUGGGGUUGCCUACACACUUGUUACGCAGAGAGAGGCUAGAUUUGCUGGUGAAUUGAUUAACAUUCUGGUUGCUGCUGGUCAGAAUGUGCCUCCAGAACUCAUGGAUCUCGCCAUGAAGGAUGGACGAUUCAAGUCCAAGCGUGACGGAAGAAAAGGAGGUGGGAAGAAAGGUGGAGGACGAGGUGGUGGAAAUAGAGGAGUACGAGGAGUUGAUUUCGGUCUUGGUAUUGGAUUUAACUCAGAAUCAAGUGGGACAUCGUCUCAAGCUGCACCAAGUAGAAAGGGGGUGAUCAGUUCUGUGAGAACCGGAGUAAUGGCCCAAUUCAAGAAUAGCUUUGUAGCUGCUACGCCAUCAAGCCAACAAAGCCAAGCUUAUCCAAACAAGAGACCAGCCCUUACGGGAUUUGUCUCAGGUGGGACCAUUGGUGGGAACAUGGGUAGGGCUCAAACUCAAACUCAAACUCCCCCAGUAGCAACUAGUCAUAACUCCAGUCAAAAGAAUCCACAGAGUUCUGAAGAUCGGUCAAGAGAGAGGAAAAGGAAAUCCGGAUGGGAUAAUUGAUUAGCUAUAUCCCUUCUUGUUUCAGCUCUCGAAUAUCUUGUAAAGGUCACACACGUAUUGUUUAGUAGCUACGAGAGAAUUAUACAGAAGAUAGAAACUUGAAAACUUUGUGUUGCAAAUGAGGUGAUGAAAAGUAUUCAAAUUACAAAAGCAUUAA